AUGUAUCCCAAGGAUGCUCGCAUCAGAAACAUCAGCAUGAGCCAGCUCCCUCACAUAUCCCAGGAGGGUGGCAAUGUUUCUCCAACUACCUGGCCGACCGGUGCCAUGUCAUCCUCUUAUUUCGCGAAUCAUCUCGCCCAUCGCCAUAGAGCCGUCCCGCCCCAAGCCAAUUUCGGUGCUGAGGCCCUAUUAGAAUUGUCAGACUCGGUGAGAGAAUCCCUCGCUAAGCAAGGUCAUUUUGGCCCGAAUGCGGACGUCAUGUCUUUUUUUAUGGAGCUUGCCGUCUUGGAAGAAACGGAUGGCGUUCCGACUCUCGAUUUCCAGACGAUCAAGCUCGCCCGCCUGGAUAAGUUGGUUGCCGACUUGACCCAGUGCGGCGAGAUGCCCUUCACUCUAGCUCCGAGGUUCGUCCACGACACUGUCACUGCCGAGAAACUGGAAAGAAUGUGGCGGGAACGCCUCAAAUAUGACUAUCUCAUGGUAGAUGAGAUACGUGCCAACGACUUGACCAUGAAGUGGCGGCUUAAGGAAGGCAUGCCCGUCGAUCGGGAUGCUGCUCCCGGGUCGGCGAUGGGAAACAAACCAGAGCCGAUCAAUAGCCCCAGGAACAUUACCACAUUCAAGCCAGGGGGGUGGAAACUUCUCAGAUACAACGAGAGGCGCAACCGCACCACCGGGGAGUGCCACCUGGAGGUAGAUCUUGAGAAACUACCUGAACAACCGGAAAUGUCAGAACUCAUGAAAACGCCACGGCCCUCGCACCUCGAUGAUUGGGACUUGUACAAGAGAGUCAAAGUUCAAAUAACUCUCGAAACAGAGUACCGAAACCACAAGAACCAAAGUAGAGAAGGCCGGACGCCGUUGGAUAAGCCCUAG